ACCUUAUCUUGUCUGCUACAAUUGGUCUCUUGCAGCUGCUGCUUCUCCUUCUUCAUCUCUUUACCCUUUCAGGUCUCAGAUCCAGUGCGUGAAAUCACCAUUUUAGCCCUCCAAUGGCGCACGCUUUCCCGGAGGAGGUUCUGGAGCAUGUGUUCUCGUUCCUGAGCUCCGACAAGGACCGGAACUCUGUUUCGUUGGUGUGCAAGUCGUGGUUCGAGAUCGAGCGGUGGUGUCGCCGCCGAGUUUUCAUCGGAAACUGCUACGCUGUCUCGCCGGAGAUCGUGAUCCGGCGCUUUCCUGAGGUGAAGUCGUUGGAAAUGAAGGGGAAGCCGCAUUUCGCCGACUUCAACCUCGUUCCUGAUGGUUGGGGAGCUUACCUCUACCCUUGGAUCGUCGCCAUGUCGGCUGCUUAUCCGAUGCUCGAGGAGAUCAAGCUCAAGCGCAUGGUGGUUACGGACGACUGUUUGGAGCUGAUCUCCAAGUCGUUUAAGAAUUUCAAGGCUUUGGUGCUCACGUCCUGCGAGGGUUUCACGACCGACGGUCUCGCCUCCAUUGCAGCUAAUUGCAGAAACCUCAGAGAAUUAGAUUUGAGGGAAUGUGAAGUUGAGGACCUGAGUGGGCAUUGGCUUAGCCAUUUCCCCGACAACUGCACGUCCUUGGUAUCAUUUAACAUGUCUUGCUUGGGCUCUGAAGUCAAUUUCUCCUCUUUGGAGCGUCUGGUUGCUCGAUCUCCUAACCUGAAAACUCUUCGUUUGAAUCGUGCUGUGCCACUUGAGAAGCUUCCCAAUCUUCUUCGACUUGCUCCUCAGUUGGUUGAAUUAGGUACUGGUGCUUAUUCUGCAGAUAUGCGUUCUGAUGAUGCCUUUUCAAAUCUAGCCGAAGCAUUUUCAGCCUGUAAGCAUCUUAAAGGGUUAUCUGGUUUCUGGGAUGUGGUUCCAUCAUAUCUUCCAGCUGUUUAUCCUGCCUGCUCUGGAAUCACUUCUCUGAACUUGAGUUAUGCCACCAUUCAAAGCCCUGAUCUUGUGAAGCUUGUUAGCCAGUGUCCGAGUUUACAGCGCCUAUGGGUUCUAGAUUAUAUAGAAGACAGUGGUUUAGCAGCCCUGGCUGCAUCUUGCAAGGAUCUGCAGGAAUUACGCGUGUUUCCUUCAGAACCGUACGACGCAGAAGCUAAUGUACCUUUGACAGAACAAGGUCUUUUAUCUGUCUCCGAGGGCUGUCCUAAGCUCCAGUCGGUCCUCUAUUUCUGCCGCCAAAUGUCAAAUGCUGCAUUGGUUGCUAUUGCUAAGAAUCGCCCUAAUUUUAUCCGUUUCAGACUCUGCAUAAUUGAGCCUCGGAUUCCCGACUAUUUAACCAAUGAGCCUUUUGAUAUUGGGUUUGGAGCCAUUGUGGAGAACUGUAAGGACUUACGGCGACUUUCCUUGUCUGGCCUCCUGACCGAUCGUGUUUUUGAAUAUAUCGGCACCCAUGCCAAGAAACUGGAGAUGCUUUCGAUAGCUUUUGCAGGGGAGACCGACUUAGGCCUUCAUCAUGUGCUGUCGGGUUGUGACAGCCUCCGUAAACUUGAGAUCAGAGACUGUCCAUUCGGGGACAAGGCUCUCCUUGCCAACACUGCAAAGCUGGAGACAAUGCGAUCCCUUUGGAUGUCUUCUUGCUCGGUAAGUUUCAGAGCAUGCAAGCUGCUCGGGCAGAAGAUGCCAAGGCUUAACAUUGAGGUAAUAGAUGAAAGAGGCCCCCCUGAUUCGAGACCCGAAAGCUGCUCUGUUGAGAGGCUCUAUGUUUACCGAACUGUUUCUGGACAAAGAACUGAUAUGCCUGAUUUUGUGUGGACUAUGGACAAAGAUUCAGCCCCAAGACUCUUGUAAUAACUGUUGCAAUAUAGAAAAUCCAUCGAGUACAUCCACAGCCCUACGUGAUUGCAAAUGCUUCCAAACCUUUGCUCGAUCGCCCGAGAUAUUCAUUCCAAUGAACAAACAGGUAAAACAGACUCACUCAAUGUCUCUUUUAUUAUGUGUUCUAUGCUCCUUGAUGGCUGAUUUUAUAAUUCUAAAAGAAAUGAAUGUUCACAUGUUUUAGCUGUUCUCUAUGAUCAGGUGUUAUGUGCAAUCAAUAGUGUAUAGGAUACUUUGUCCAUUCCAUUACAUCUUUGGUUGCUAUGUAUAAAUAAAGAUGUUUGAUGUCCUUUUUUACCAAUGUUUUUUUUGUAGU